AUUCUUAAAUAAUGUUGAAUUUAAACAAGCUUUACCAUCAGAUGAAUUAGAGCUUAAUCGACUUUUGACUAUUCAUGCAUUGGUACGUUUUAAGAAUGGUAAUUUUUCAGCUCCUGUCGAAGAAAUAUUAAUGAAUAAUAAUGCUAAAGUUCUUGAUGUUGGAUGUGGACCUGGUUGUUGGAUUAUAGAUUUGGCAACCGAUUUUCCAAAAUCAACGUUUAUUGGAAUAGAUAUUGUAUCAGGAAAUUUUCCUCCAGUAAAUAAACGACCUUCUAACGCAGGAUUUCUGGAAUGUAAUGUGUUAAAUGGAAUUCCAUUUCCAAAUGAAACUUUUGACUACGUCCAUAUGUCAAUUAUGUGGUCAGCAUUUACUAGAAAACAAUACAUAAAUACGAUUCAUGAAUUAGUACGUGUAACUAAGCAUGAUGGAUGGAUUGAGAUUCAAGAAUCUGAUUUGGAACUCGUAAAUUUAGGAGAUUCUAUGAAAUUUCUUCAAAGUACCGUGCACGCUAAGUUAAGAGAAGAUGGAUUUGAUCCAAAAAUUGUUUUUGAGAUACCUAAAUGUCUUGAAUCCAUUGAUGAAGUGAGUAAUUUUGAGCAUUAUGAAAUAAAAGCUUCAUUAGGUAAAUGGUCAGGAAAUCUUGGUGAAUAUGCAUUAGAAUUAUUAAAACAAUAUUAUGGUGCUUUGACUUAUAUGCCAGAUUAUAUGAAAAUAUCUCACCAAGAGUAUCAAAAAUUAUUCGAAAAAUUUGAUAAUGAAU